UCCCACCCUUCUUUGACGUAUGCACGUAUAGCAGCUUUCCCGGAAGCACCGGUCGCACUUGCUCGAGAGCUCGAAACAUGACAGCCAAAAAGCAACUUCCACGCUAUGCGACGGCGCUUACCAGCCUGACCUUCCUCCACGCGAUCCCCCCGGUGGCCGCGUACGAUGCGGGCGACGCUGUGGCUCUGCUCCUGGGGACUGUCGUCGCCAUGGUGGGCUUCUGCGCCUGCCUGGGCUGGUACGCACGGAAGCGGAACAGACUUCUAUGAGGAAAGAGCAACAGUUCCCACCCUUGUCCUUUCUCUUUACCAGUCAACACCUGGCUUGGAAUAGUUUAUACACGUAUUCGACCAUAAUCUCCGUCCUUUUUGGAUGUUUUUUGGGGACAAAGUUUGACUGAAACUUGACAGUCAUGAACAGGAGUGAGCGCGUGACCGGAAGGAGGUCUUGGGAGAAGAAGAACCGAAAGUCCGGAAGUAGGACUGAAUAACAAGUUACACUGCUGUUUAAAAAAAAAAAAAGGACCAAUCACUGUCGUUGCUUCUAUAUAAAUGUAUUCUGCUCAAGUUGUUUAUUUUUUUAUUUUCUCAUCUUCGUUGCUAAAUGUUUGCCAAUUGUGAGAAAAAUCACUACUCCUAUCAAAAUAAAAACAUGGCGUUCUGACUAA